GUACCCAACAGGCCUGAGCCCCACCUCCCCACUGCUGAACUUGCCCCAGGUGGUGCCCUCCUCCCAGGUGGUGACUCUGCCUCAGGCUGUGGGGCCCCUCCAGCUGUUGGCAGCUGGGCCAGGCAGCCCUGUGAAGGUGGCAGCUACAGCGUGCUCGUCUCCCAGGUCCUGCCUCCUGCCCCCAGCCUAGCCCUGCCCCUCAAGCAAGAGCCCCCCAUCACAGUGCCCGAAGGAGCCCUCCCUGUGACCCCUAGCCCCGCCCUCCCAGAGGGCCACACUCUGGGGCCCACCCACACUCAGCCAUUGCCACCUGCUCCUGCUGUCACCUCUGCCACCAGCCUGCCUUUCUCCCCGGACUCCUCUGGCCUGCUGCCCAGCUUCCCAGCACCCCUGCCUGAGGGGCUGAUGCUGUCACCUGCAGCUGUGCCAGUCUGGCCAGCAGGGCUGGAACUGAGCACAGGGGUUGAGGGGCUGGGGACACAGGCCACCCACACUGUGCUGAGACUGCCAGACCCUGACCCCCAGGGGCUGCUCCUGGGGGCCCCAGCAGGGACUGAGGUUGAGGAGGGGCUAGAGGCCGAGGCCAAGGUCCUGACACAGCUGCAGUCAGUGCCUGUAGAGGAGCCCUUGGAACUGUGACUGCCUGGACUCGUCACCUCUCCUGACAGUGGUGCUCAAGGAUCUAGGACAGGAGGAGCCCUCAGUAAGGUGGCUGCAGUCUGAAGGUCCCACACUACAACCCUAACCCUGAACAAGCUGCAAGCCCUGGAGAAGCCAGAGGAACCGCCCCAGUCAGGGCAUAUCCUUUUCCUGAUGGAAGAAGUCUCUUGUUACAGCCCUUUCUGUGCUCUGCCUGCCCAGUGCACGGGCCACUACGAGUCCUUCUCUACCUGGUCCUAGUUGAGGAAGGCCUUGCCAAGUGGCUGACUUCUAGCUGGUUCCCUCACCAUAACACUAUUAAUAGGCCCACUGAUAGCCAGUGUUCCCAGAACUGCCUGAAUCCCAGGGAUGAGGGACCAGAGUGUGACCCGGAGAGCCCUUCCUGGUGAGGAGGGUUUGAUGGGUGCACAGGGCCCUUCCCUACUUCCCUGGACUUGAGCCCCAGGAUCCAGCCCCAGACCAAAGAUUUCCUGUUCCUUGGGGCAAUCCUGGCCCCUUUGUCUAGUUUGUAUCGUAAAUCUUUAUUUUUCUAGGACAUGUUAUGCCUCCAUUUCAAUUAAAGUCAAGUUAACAGACAA